AUGAGAAAUCACACCAUGGUGACAGAAUUCAUCCUCCUGGGAAUCCCUGAGGCAAAGGGAUUGGAGACAGUUCUUUUUUUUCUGUUUUUAUCAUUAUACUUAUGCACCCUGUUGGGAAAUGUGCUCAUCUUCACAGCUAUCCUCUCUUUCUCUAGGCUUCAUACCCCUGUGUAUUUUUUCUUGGGGAACCUCUCCAUAUUUGACAUGGGUUUCUCAUCCACUAAUGUUCCCAAGAUGCUAGUCUACCUUUCAGGGCAGAGCCAACUUAUCUCUUUUCAGGGUUGUGCAUCUCAGCUGUUUUUCUACCACUUCUUGGGGUGCACAGAAUGUUUCCUCUACACUGUGAUGGCCUAUGAUCGCUAUGUGGCCAUAUGUCACCCUUUGAGAUACAUGGUCAUCAUGAAUCACAAAGUCUGUUUCAUUUUAGCCACAGGGACCUGGAUGGGUGGAUGCAUCCAUGCCACUAUCCUAACCUCUCUCACUUUUCAGUUACCCUAUUGCGACUCUAAUGAAGUGGGCUACUACUUCUGUGACAUCCCAGUCAUCUUGCCCCUAGCCUGUGGAGAUACAUCUCUAGCUCAGAGGGUAAGCUUUACAAAUGUUGGUGUUUUGGCUCUUAUUUGUUUUUCCCUCAUCCUUGUCUCUUACACUCGAAUUGGAAUUUCUAUUUCAAAAAUCCGCUCAUUGGAGGGCAGGCAACGAGCAUUAUCCACCUGUAGUGCCCACAUCACUGCCAUCCUUUGUGCUUAUGGCCCAGUGAUCAUCAUCUAUGUACAGUCUGAUCCCAGCCCCUUGCUUGGUGCUAUAAUCCCAAUAUUGAAUAAUCUUGUAGCUCCUAUGUUGAAUCCAUUGAUCUAUAGUCUUAGGAAUAAAGAUGUAAAAUUCGCUCUCAGGAGUAUGUUUUCUAAAAGCUUUGACUUAGAGAAAAAAAAUGAUAAAAUCUUAAACUUUACUAGGCAAAGACCAAUUCUCAAUUACUGA